AUGGAGGCGCCAUCACCCGCUGACGUCAAGCUGGUGCUGCCGCGAGUCUUCUCUGAGACCAAGAGCGUCGAGAAGGGGCUGUCACCAGCCAAGCCCAAUGACGCCACCAAGACACCGCGCUCGAGCAAUGCUGCAAAAGUCGACGACGUACGCUUGAGCUCGGAAAAGUCGAGCGAGGUGAGCCCCGCGCGCCCCGCCGGCCAUUUGCCCGAGAACAGCCCACCGCGCCGGUUUUCAGUCACGCGCGGUGACCCGCCACGGACCUCGAUACUCACGCGUAGCGACGACAUCAACACAGAUCGACCGAGCUCCCCGAGCCCACCCAAGGCGACGACUUUGAACGGCCAAGUCGCAAGUUCGAGCCAACUCCAACGACUGCCGUCCGUCCGUGGCGUCCUCAGCGAGAAAAGUCCUGUCAAGGAUCCGAGUCCAAAGCGCAAGCCACCAACGCACAUCCAGCACCUUGAUCCUUCGGGGGAUACAUUGCCCAUCAAAGACGGACUUGGCCUCUUGGCACUGGCAGCGAAACGCAAGAGCACGCGCAAUCUGGUGCGAACCAAGACGGACGACGAUAGCAACGAGAGUCACACACUCAGCCAUUUGAGACCACUUACGUCGGUCCCACCGCUGCUACUCCAUGGCCGCAUGAGUGCGUCGCCGUCGCGACACAAGCUGGAGCUCCAGCAGCGCCUCACCGACAUUGAGCACUGUCAGCUGCCCGUACUUCCCUCCUCCCCCGAGUCGGGCGCCUUUGACGAGAAGCGGCUCUCGGAGAUGAGUCCGAGUGAGUACGCCGAGUCCUGUGCGGCAUUGGGUCUGCCCGAUCUCCGACGCCACCACGCCAAGCUCUUCAAGCUCGUGCGGCAGUACCAGACACUCUUCUCGGUCGCGAGCUCGAUAUCCGUCGAGAUUGACUCGGGCGAAGCGCUCUCGCGCAUCAUUGAAGGCACAUACGAAGUGCUUGAAGUCGACCACGUCGCGCUCUUCCUCAUCAACCACAAGAAGGAGACGCUGCACAUGUGCGUCUCGCGGGUCUUGGGUCACGUGGCCAAGUCUGCCGAGUCCGUCAUCAUCCAAGACGUCGCGAGCGACGAGCGCUGUGAUAUGGACGCGGACAAGUACCUCGUCGACGGAAGCCUUGCGCGCAAUCUGCUCUGCGUGCCGAUCUUAGACCCGUCCAAAGUGCCCGUCGCCGUCCUUCGCUGCGCCAACAAGGCGCAUGACUUUACGCCAAGCGACUGCAUGAGCCUCGAGCUCAUCGCGUCCAUUGCAGGACAUACGCUGCACAAGCUCGAGCUGUACGAAGUCGCCAUGCUUGCGGGACGAAAAGCAUCGGCGAUGCUCGAGGUCGUUCGUGCGAUCGCUACCGAGUGCAAUGACCUGAAUGGGAUGGUGCACAAGAUUAUUGACGUGGCGAAGACAGCGCUGCACUGCGACAAGGUGUCGCUCUUCCUUUGCCACCGCGAGAAGCGCGAGCUUGUGUGCUGCGUCUCGUACGAUCCGGUGCUUCGACGCAUGGUCAUUCCGUACGGCGUCGGCAUCGCUGGCUACGUGGCGGGCACGGGACAAGUGCUGCGCAUUGACAACUGCUACGACGACCCGCGCUUCAACGCCGCGACGGACCGCAAGAUGGACUACAAGACGAUUUCGGCGCUCUGCGCACCGGUGAUUACGCACGACAACGACAUGGUCGCCGUCAUCCAAGCCAUCAACAAGCUCACGGUGCCGUCCACCGAGCACCCGCCGGCCUUGGACACGAUU